GCUUCCCCGCAACGUUGCACGGCUCACCGUCUCCAUCCUGAGCGCAGUGACAUUAGCUUGACUGGAUGCUCUCUUGGUAAGCUAGGUUUGCAGCCAGUAGUAAAUGUGCCCUGUAUCGUGACUGAAUUAAUAUUCUUAAUAAUGGCUGGAAGUGCCGGUGAGUGGUGUCUCAUGGAGAGUGACCCCGGCGUGUUUACGGAGCUGAUAAAGGGUUUCGGCUGCAAAGGUGCCCAGGUUGAAGAAAUAUGGAGUAUGGAACCAGAGAACUUUGACAACUUGAAGCCUGUCCAUGGAUUGAUCUUCCUGUUUAAGUGGCAAGCAGGUGAAGAGCCAGCAGGAUCAAUUGUGCAGGAUUCAAGACUUGACCACAUCUUCUUUGCCAAACAGGUCAUUAACAACGCUUGUGCCACCCAGGCAAUAGUCAGCGUUCUGCUCAACUGCUCCCAUCCCGACAUGUUGCUUGGAGACACACUAACGGAGUUCAGAGAGUUUUCGCAGAGUUUUGAUGCUGCAAUGAAAGGUUUGGCUCUUAGCAACUCUGAAGUUAUCAGACAAGUUCACAACGGCUUUGCCAGGCAGCAAAUGUUUGAGUUUGAUGCAAAGUCAUCUGCAAAGGAUGAGGAUGCCUUUCACUUUGUGAGUUAUGUUCCUGUAAACGGUCGACUUUACGAGUUGGACGGACUUCGAGAAGGACCAAUUGACCUCGGUGCCUGCAACCAGGAUGACUGGAUCAGUGCUGUUCGUCCAGUCAUUGAGAAAAGAAUACAAAAGUACAGUGAAGGAGAGAUUCGUUUCAACCUAAUGGCCAUCGUGUCAGACCGGAAGAUGAUAUACGAGAGGAAGAUUGCAGAGCUUCAGACUCAGCUUACUGAGGAUGAGCCAAUGGACACAGACCAGAGCAGCACAUUUCUGAGCUCCAUUCAAUCAGAGAUUGCCAAGUACCACCUUCUUAUCGAGGAAGAAAAUCAGAAACUUAAAAGAUACAAGGUUGAAAACAUUCGACGGAAGCACAACUAUCUUCCAUUCAUUAUGGAGCUAUUGAAGACAUUGGCCGAGCACCAGCAGUUAAUAACUUUGGUGGAGAAGGCAAAGGAGAAACAAAGCACCAAAAAAGCCCAGGAGGCCAAGUAAACAUCACACUUCAGAGGCCACACAUGCGCAAGCCUCCAGUCAUGAUUUUGCCUGUGAGCGACAUACAGAUUCUGUACAUCUGCCAUAUUUACGUCCAUGGCCAAGGGUGACCUGCAGCACAUCCUCACUGUGGUAUUUGCGUGCAUCCAGACUUCAGAAAUGUGUUGUUGCAGGUGUAGCAGAGCAUAAUGUUCAUCAGAUUAUGUGCAUGAUUGAAGGAAACAUGCUGAAAUUGUCUUAUUUUCAUAAUAAAAAUGUUUUCAAGCAGG